UCUCUCACUCUCUCUAAAUCUCUCUCUCUCUCUCUACAAUUAAUUCAUCAAAAGUUUGCAAUGGCUCCAAUGACUCUACCACCAGGAUUCAGGUUCCACCCUACAGAUGAAGAACUUGUUGCUUACUACUUAGAAAGAAAAAUAACAGGAAGAACUAUAGAGCUUGAUAUCAUUGCAGAAGUUGAUCUCUAUAAAUGUGAACCUUGGGAUUUACCAGAAAGAUCAUUUCUUCCUAGCAAGGAUAUGGAGUGGUAUUUUUAUAGUCCAAGAGAUAGAAAGUAUCCAAAUGGGUCAAGAACAAAUAGGGCAACAAGAGGUGGAUAUUGGAAAGCAACUGGAAAAGAUAGGGCAGUAAACUCUCAAAAGAAACAAGUUGGAAUGAAGAAGACACUUGUUUAUUACAAAGGUAGAGCACCUCAUGGGAUUAGAACCAAUUGGGUUAUGCAUGAAUAUCGACUUAUUGAAUCACAUCCUGGUGCUUCUCUCUCCUCUUUGAAGGAUUCAUAUUCAUUGUGUCGAAUUUUCAAGAAAACAAUUCAAAUUCCAACAAAAACUAAUGAAGAAGAACAAGUUAAGGAUACAAAAAAGGAAAUGACGGUCUUUGAAGAGCAAGUGCAAGGGGAAGACUCAAGUGGUGGCACUGAGAUUUCAAGAGAAAUAAUGCAAACUAUGGAUGAAAAAAUUCUUAAUCAUGAUGAACAUCCAAAAUUUCUAUGUGAUGCUUCUUCAUCUGAUGUCACUCAAGGAACAUGUACACCAACAGAGACAUGUAAUAAUAUAAUGACAGAGGAUAUUCAUGCACAAUUUGCUUAUGAUGAAGAAAAUAGUUCAGCUAUUUCUUAUCCAAUGGGAAUAAGCUACCCCUCAAAUUUAUUUCAGGAUAUAGAAAUACCUAUGUAUGGGUUCUAUAAUCAAUUCCCGCAAACACCUUUAAUGAUGGAAGAUUUCUCACAAAUGGAGACAAAAUCAAUAAUGAAGCCUGAUAUAUCUCAAGACUGCUUUUUGUAUGACAAAUACAGAGACUGUAUGAAUGGAACACUAGAAGAAAUCAUCUCUUUAUGUUCCUCUCAAGAUCAUUCUGUGGCUUUUCCUAUGCCAUAGAAUGAUUAUUAUACUAACAUAAAUGCAUGACUCAUACUAUAGUAUAUCAUAUCAUUAAUAUUCAUUUGACACAAACAUUUGUGUUGGCUAAAAUAACCACACAAAUGGUUUUUUUUUUUCUUUUUCUUUUUUCAGCCGCAUAGUAGAGGCUACUACACAUAUGGUGUACUGAAAAGAUAGUAGAAUAUGCUGGCCAAGGAGGCUAGCUAGCUGGCAUAGUUUUCUUUUUGUUUUGUUUGUGUUAUUUUUUUUCUUUUUCAUAGAGGUUUUUUUAUAUUUUGUUACAAUGUUAUAUAAUCUUGUAUGUUGGUGUUCAAAUGUUUUGUCUUCUAUGGAAGCAAAUGGAUA